AAUCCUAGCCACUCCCUCCACAGCAGGGGAGUAACCAAGGCAGAGGGGAGGAGAGAGUCGGAAUGAUUCCUGAGCAGUGUACCCGUUCGCUCUAGAAUGGCCUUCGCUCGAUGUUGCCUUGUCACCGCUUUCUUUUCUAUGUACCCUUCCAACGCUGGCUGCCAAUCACGUGACCUCGCCCUUCCUUGCUCUGAGUCUGCGCCAGGCUGUCAGGCUGAAUGGAAGCUACAAGAGUUCCUGGUCUCCUGCCGGAGGGUAACUCUUUCUACUAUUUUGCUUACGGCAGCAAUUUACUGAAAGAGCGGCUUCUUCUUCACAACCCAUCUGCCUCCUUCCGCUGCAUUGCCUCCCUCAAGAAUUUCAGGCUUGCAUUUGGCAAUAAUGAAGGCAACAGGAUAUCAACUUGGGGAGGUGGCGUAGCUACAGUGGUUGAGAGUCAAGGAGAUGAAGUCUGGGGAGUUGUAUGGAAGAUGGACAUUACCAACCUACAUUCCUUGGACAUGCAGGAAGGUGUUGAUGUUGGUAUUUAUGAACCAUUAGAGAUAAAUGUCCAAACAGCUGAGGAAAAUCUCCCCUGUCGAUGUUACCAAAUGAAAAAGUGCAUCUUUGGCCUUUCUUCUCCACAAUACAAGCAGGUCCUGUGCAUGGGAGCAAAACAGAAUGACUUACCACUUAAGUACCAGAAGAUGCUGAAAGAAAUAGAAACCAACAACUUCUCAGGCCAUAUUCCCAUUAUGGACCAUUUAAAAGAUGCAAUUGAGAAACUGCAAAGUGACAUGCAUCAGUAAUGGAAAUGUAGAGAAACUGAAUUUAAUGUCAGCAUCUGUGACUAAUCUGACCUCAUGGGAGACAUUAUACCGAGGGGAUAAUAAAUUCUUUCUUGCUCAGUAAAACAAGAGGACACCACUCCAUCCCCAAAACUUUUAUUUAGAGAAAAGGGAAGGAAAAACAUUUUUUCCUAUUUUAGCUAUACUGGUGUCAUUAUAUUAAGCAUGGGCGAGGGGGUGCAGUAUUAGUAUGAUGCAGACAGAUUAUUUAUUUUGUAUUUUUUUAAUUUUAUUUUUUUGGUUCAAGCAAUUACCAAUGUCAUUUUUAAUAAACAGAGGGUAAGUAUGUUUAAGCAUGAUGUUGGCAGUUUAUUCAUUUUUGAUUUUUAAAUAAUGAAGAAUUUUAAUAUUUUUAUUUUGCAGUUCUUCAGCCUGGCAUUUGCUUAGCUAUAGAGUUACAGUCUACCUCACCACAUUUAUAAGACCUAGGAGAGAUUUGAUUGGCAAACUAGAUAAUAAAACUGAAUAAAAAAAUAAGGACCAGGUUUCAUACAUAGUAAAAAUAAACAGCAAAAUUGCUCCUUAAAGCUAGUUUAAUAUAUAUUUGCCCCAAAUGUAACAAAUUGCGCAUAGUUUGCCUAGAUGCAGUAACCAGUAAAACUAAUGAGAAGUUUGCAUUUAAACAGGUGACUAGUAAAUGCUUCUCACUGAUUGCUGCAGGUCUUGUGAACUAUAGCGACCAAAUUUUACAACUUUAAAUACAAAACCCCAAUAGUGUCUGGCAGCUGAUAAAAUACAAGAUGCAAAAACAAUAAUGUUUAAGCUACUGAAGGAGGAUACCAAUGAUCAAUUCACCCUUUUAACCUAUUAAAAGACUUUAUUAAUAUUUAUUUUGAAUGAUGUUGCUUAACUCUAAUGCAGGGGUUUUCAUUCAUGUGACCUUAUAUUGUCCAACAUAUGGUCAGUUCCUCUUAGCUCCUUUAGGGGUAUCCAAGACAUGCACGUUCAUGUCACUUACCUUCAGGUUGGACCAUAUUUACUGCUUUGCGCCCCACAGUGUAGGAACCAUUUCUUUAAAGAAGAACUACUUUAGUUCUUGGUUAUGUUGUGUUUUUAAUCAUGUCUAUUUUGUAGGUCACAGUACUGUUAACUUAUAAUGUAUUGCUAAAAAAUCACAAAUUCAAAACAAAAUCAGAUGUCUAUCCUGUUGCUGACAAAAUUUAAGCUUAUAGGUGUUGAUAGAGAAGAAUAAAAAUGUGCAUCUCUGGUGACCUAAAAAUUAUAAUGCUAAAUGUGGGAUCAUGUAAUUUUUAAAAAUGCAUUUUAACUGUCUAUAGUGACUUUCUUUAUGCAGUUUGUGCAGCUUAGAGAUUCUGAUUUGAAUAAAAGUUUGCAGAGUGGCAA